AUGCUCUUCAAAGUGCUCUCCACUCUCGCCAUUCUCGCUAUCAUCUGUUCCUCGGCGUCGGCCAAAGGACACCUCCGGCUCGAGCUCACGUCUUCUGCCUACUGCGAGCUCUCGCUCCACACCGACGUCACCUCCAAAAUGCUUCGAUUGUUCGGAGGAGAGCCGCGAGUGGUGAGCUUCCACCCGCCGAGCCACGCGCCCGACGUCCAUGUGGCUGUUUCGAUGAAGGGAAGCGCCACCGCCAAGUACUCCUUCCUCAUGGCGAAUUCGAGCAACGAGCAUCGCGAGAUCUUCGAGCACAGUCGGGUCGUCGUGCUCAUUCAGGCGGUCUACGAGUGCGACACUGGAUUCUACGGGGUCCAGUGCACUGAAACCACUGAUCCAUCGGUGACCACUUCUCCUGCUAAAGUCAUCACCGAGCCACCAACCUCAACAACAACCACUACUACUACCACUACUACAACCACCACGACGACCGUCAGAACCAUCACUUCCACCACUUCCACCACCACCCAGAAGCCGUCAGUAGUAGUCUCUCCGGCCUCUUCCCUCCUUCUCGUGCUAAUUCUCACCGUCGCCCUUCUUUUUGUCCUUCUCGCCGUCCUCUGCGUCGCCGUUUUCCGUCGUCGUCGUCCGCACGUCUACAUCGAGCCGGAGGAGCUGCAAGUUUCCGAGCAGAAGAAGAAGAAGAAGUGCCUCGAGGAUUCGGUGUCGUGCUCUUCCGAACGAUACACUGUCGCGCCGUUCCGAGACGCUUUCAAUGUCUGA